AUGGGUCCUCGAGUUAAAAGGCGCCGCCUGAUGGACUCAGACGAUCUCAGUGAUGAUAUCUGCCAGCCUGCGUCCCGUCUGGAAAAAGACAGCUGGAAUGGGUUUUGUGAAAUCGAAUCAGAACCGGCCUUAUUUAAUGUGAUGCUACGUGAAUUCCAAGUCAAGGGUGUAAAAGUCCAAGAAGUCGUUUCUCUCGACGAAGAAAUGAUGGCAUUUCUUAAUAAGCCUGUUUACGGCUUGAUUUUUCUUUUCCGCUGGCGUGAAGAUAACGAUGGAAAGCAGGAAGCGACUUGCCCUGACGGGCUGUGGUUUGCAAACCAGACCGCCGACAAUUCCUGUGCCAGCGUAGCACUACUAAACAUUGUCAACAACAUCCCAGAUAUUGAUCUAGGAGAGAAUCUACGGUCUUUCAAGGAAUUCACUAUGCCUUUCACCCCAGCGUUGCGUGGGGAUGCAAUCAACAACUUUAAAUUUGUGAAAAGGAUACACAACUCAUUUGCACGAAAAAUGGACAUUCUCAAUUCAGAUUUACACCUCAAGACUGAAGCUACCACUAGGAAAAAGGGAUCCAGGGGCCAAAGUGCUGAUGAAUCCGACGCCACCUUCCAUUUCAUUGCCUUUAUGCCUGUGAUGGGCCAACUGUGGAAGUUUGAUGGCCUGGAGCGACAGCCACAAGCACUUGGGGAAUGUUCCGAGGACGACUGGCUGGAACUGGUCCGACCCAAUCUUCAGGACCGAAUGGCUGCAUACGAAGAAGAAGAAAUUGAAUUCUCGAUUUUGGGACUCGUGCGAGACCCUCUGACUGAUCUCAUCAACGACCUGGCUGUCAACGUGAGAACUUUGGAAAUUCUCAACAAGCGUGCCUCAUCCCUAUGCUCAUUAUCAGAUACGCUCGAUUUGCAUGAAUCUGAUGAAACUGUACUUGGCCCUGACCCUUCCCUAUCUCUGACACGCGAAGAGAUUGAUGUGGCAGUGAUCCCCCAGGAAGCACUGGAUGAUUACCAGACGUGCUCCGAUGAGAAAUUGCACGAGUAUCGGCAGAAGAUAAGCAGGAGGCAGCGAGAACUCCGUCUACGCAUUCGCGAAGAGCAGCUAUCUCACCGGUCGGAUUAUGACUACGCAGCCGGACGGCGGUUUGACUAUGGGCUAGCGAUACGGACGUGGCUCCGACUCUUGGCACAGAAAGAACAGCUGCAGGAGAUGUCGACCCCCGUGGCCUAUUGA